GGCCCUCCCGCCUAUUCCCUCGCUGUCCACCGUCUCCAUGCCGUCUUCCUCAUUCUCGCCCCCUAUGACGCUGGCGCCGUCUGCGACGUCGCUCGCACCGACGCUGUCAGGCGCAUCGACAUCUGCGCUUGACAACAUUAUCGGGCUCUGGAUUCGGGGCAUCAUCAGCAAGGAGCCGCAGUGGGACUCGUUCGUGACGAUGCGGACGCGGCUGCUGAAGAUGUCGGAGCAGCUCGAGCAGUACAAGUAUGUGCAGCGCGUGAUGGACCGGUAUGUGGGCACGAGGACACCCGUCGACCUCGAGGGUGCGGGCGGCGUCACCAUCACCAAGGCACAGGUGAUGCGCGCGUUCAACCUGUCGCUGAGCUGGGGCGAGGACUGCACGGAGACACUCGUGCUGACGACGCUGUAUGGGCCGGGCGGGACGCGGUGCGAGGACGAGCGGGUGUGCCAGGUGCUGGAGGAGACGCCGCCGAUCACUACGGGGAUGCAGGCGAAGAAGUAUCUGACGCUUCUGCGGGAGGUACAUGGGCAGUGGACGAUUGCGCACCCAGACGGGCCGUAG